AUGGCUCGCUCAGACCGCGAUACGCUUCCUGAUGUGGUGAAACCAAAACGAUAUGACAUUUCUCUGUACAAUUUGGAGCUUGGAGGCUCUUGGAGCUACAAUGGCACUGUCAAGAUUGAUACCACUGUAUCUAAGCCCACCAAGGAGAUUAUCUUGAACGUGAAGGAAGUGAGCGUCGAAAAGGCAGAGGUUCAAGCUGGCUCCACCUCCGUCAAAGCUGUUGGCAUUUCCUACGAUAAGGUUUCAGAACGUGUGACGCUGGCUUUCGACAAGGAAAUUCCUUCUGGAGAUGCUCUGUUGACUAUCGAAUGCACGGCGACUAUCAACGAGGCUAUGGCGGGAUUCUCGCGCUGCAAGUACAAAGCUCCUGUUACACCAUCCUCGGCCACUCCAGAACUGGACGGAUUUCAUUACAUGAUGAGCACUCAAUUCGAGGCUUGUGAUGCUAGAAGAGCCUUUCCAUGUUUUGACGAACCGAACUUGAAAGCUGAGUUUGACUUUGAGAUCGAGGUUCCAAAAGAUUUGGUGGCUUUGAGUAACAUGCCAGUCAAAUCGGAGCGCGAUGGAAGUAAAGAGGGGUGGAAGAUUGUCUCUUUUGAACGGACUCCGAUCAUGAGCACUUAUCUCCUGGCCUGGGCUGUCGGCGAUUUCGGAUACGUCGAGGCAAAGACAGAGCGCAAGUACAACGGAGCUAGCAUCCCUGUUCGAGUUUAUACCACCAAAGGUCUUGAAGAGCAAGCCCGAUAUGCUCUAGAGUGCGCCCACAAAACUAUUGAUUACUUUUCAGAGCUUUUCGGAAUUGAGUAUCCUCUCCCCAAGUCUGACCUUCUCUGUGUCCAUGCAUUCGCUGCUGGAGCUAUGGAGAACUGGGGAUUAGUUACAUAUCGUACCACCGCGGUUCUAUUCGACGAAGGCAAGUCCGAUUCACGAUACAAGAAUCGCAUUGCCUACGUGGUCGCUCAUGAACUUGCCCAUCAAUGGUUUGGUAACCUGGUCACCAUGGAUUGGUGGAGUGAACUUUGGCUGAAUGAGGGAUUCGCAACAUGGGUCGGCUGGCUUGCAGUCGAUCACUUCCAUCCAGACUGGAAUGUUUGGUCUCAGUUUGUGGCUGAAGGUGUCCAACAAGCUUGCCAACUCGACUCACUACGCGCCUCCCACCCCAUUGAGGUUCCCGUGAAGAACGCUCUCGAAGUGGACCAGAUUUUUGAUCAUAUCAGCUAUCUGAAAGGUAGUUCUGUUAUCCGUAUGCUCAGCAGUCAUCUCGGCCAAGAUGUCUUUAUCAAGGGUGUAUCGGACUACCUCAAAAAGCAUGCAUAUGGAAACGCCACGACAAACGAUCUGUGGUCAGCACUCAGCAAAGCGUCCAACCUGGAUGUCAAUGCUCUCAUGGAUCCGUGGAUUCGCAAGAUUGGCUACCCAGUAGUUACUGUUACUGAGGAACCCGGUCAAAUAUCAGUGCGUCAAACAAGAUUCCUCUCAUCUGGUGAUGUCAAGCCAGAGGAGGAUGAGACUGUUUGGUGGAUUCCACUGGGCAUCAAAUCAGGAAUACAACCAACUGAGAUCAAGCUGGAUUCUCUUACCUCUAAAGCAGAUACUCUCCGAGGCAUCAGCGAAGACUUUUACAAGAUCAACAAAGACCAAUCUGGUUUCUAUCGGACGAACUACCCACCAGAACGUUUGGCAAAACUGGGAAAGAGCCUUCAUUUGCUUAGCACAGAGGACAAGAUUGGCCUUAUUGGAGAUGCCGCUGCUCUUGCCGUUUCAGGCGAAGGCACCACUCCUGCAUUGCUCGCACUGAUCGAAGGAUUCGCCCAGGAGAAUAACUAUCUAGUAUGGCAACAGAUUUCUUCAUCACUCGCUAGUCUGCGAACCACAUUCUCUUCUAAUGAGGCUGCGGCUGCUGCUUUGAAGAAAUUCAAGCUGAACCUAGUUACGCCAGCUGCUGAGAAGGUGGGUUGGGAGUUCCGUUCCGACGAGGACUACUUAACUGGACAGCUUCGGAAACUACUCAUCGCUAUGGCAGGAGAGGCAGGUCAUGAAGGAAUCGUGGCUGAAGCAAAGCGUCGCUUCCAACUCUGGGCUUCUGGGGAGGACCCUAAUGCUAUCCACUCUAAUCUGCGAUCCGCUAUCUUCUCGCUCAAUAUUGCAGAAGGUGACCGAGCAGAGUUCGAGCGGGUCAAGAACGAAUUCCUCCAGACCGACUCCGUAGAUGGCAAGGAGAUUUGCCUCAGCUCCCUUGGUCGCACAAGGAAUCCUGAGUUGAUCCAACAGUACCUGGAUUUUAUCUUCUCGGACAAAGUUUCUAUUCAAGAUAUGCACACUGGUGCCGCAUCCCUGGCCGUCAACCCCAUUGGUCGCUACGCGCUCUGGCAGUAUAUCAAGACCAACUUUACCGCAGUCUCGGCACGGCUAUCGGCCAACAACAUUGUUUACGAUCGCUUUGUGCGACUAGGACUGUCCAAGUUCUCGGAUGUAGCCAUUGCCGAUGAUAUUGCGAAGUUCUUCGAGGACAAGGACACCGGUGCAUUUGAGCGGACUUUGGUGAUUCUGUCUGAUAGCAUCCGGGCCAAUGCUCGUUACAAGGAAAGAGACGAGCAGCUCUUGUUGGAGUGGUUCCAAGCCCAUGGCUAUGCUUGA